AUGUCCUCUCAAUACAACACCGAACCACCCCCCACCGCGUCUGUCACCCUUAACACAACCGUCGGCCCUCUCCACAUCGCCCUCUUCGCCAAACAAACACCUCUAGCCUGCAAGAAUUUCAUCCAACACUGUCUCGAUGGCUACUACACCGGUACGGUUUUCCAUCGCAUAGUCCCGGGCUUUGUCAUCCAGGGCGGCGAUCCGACCGGAACGGGGUCUGGGGGUUCGUCGAUUUACGAGGACGCAGAAUUCGAGUACGACCCGGAAGCGCGAGACCCGAACGAAAAAGUCGUCUUUGGCGAUGAGAUUCACAGCCGAUUGCGAUUCAAUCGCCGGGGUUUGGUGGGAAUGGCUAAGGGCGAGGAUGGGACUUAUGGAAGUCAGUUCUUUAUUACACUUGGGAAUACGGAAAGGCAGAUGAACGGACAGUGUACGAUGUUUGGACGGAUCGAGGGUGAUAGUAUUUAUAACAUGGUCAAGAUUGCGGAGGCGGAAUUGGUGGAGGGAACGGAGAGACCGGUUUAUGCAGUCAAGGUUAUAGGAUGUGAAGUGGGAGAGAUGGGUCAGUUUGCGGGGAAAUUGAAAAAGAGGGACAAGAUUGCAAAGGCGAUGGAGUCAAAGGAUGAAAAAGUAACGGCCAAGAAGAAAAAGAAGGCAAAAGGUGGAAAGACAUUACUCAGUUUUGGGGCUGACGAGGCGGAGGACGAUGGGGAGGAUUUGGCAACAUUGAAGGCUAAAAAGCCAAAGUUCAACACAAAUCUGGUCUCAGCUGGUGAUGGAUCUCUUGAUAUACAGCCAAAGACAGCUUCUUCAACUGAAAAUCAGUCCAAGAAGCGACGACAUUCGCCAUCCCCGCCACCGAAAAAGCCAGCUAGUAAUCGAAGGACGCGUCCAAGAAGUCCGGAUCCAUAUAUGCAAGUUCCUCCCAAGGAUCCCGAAGAACCCGAAAGAUCACCGUCCGAAACACCACCACCAGCUACCCGACCCUCGAUUUUGGAGCGUACAGAGGCGGAAAUUGCAUCAUUGAAAGCAUCCAUGCGACGGAAUGUCACAACACAGGAAGACAGCAGCAGGAAAAAAUCCGCCCUUGAAGCCAUGAUCCCAGAGACCUCUAUUCGAGGACGGAAGAGACCGCCACCAGGCAGUGCUGCGGCCAAUGGGAAAGGCACCGAUUCCGAGGCCUUAAAGUUAUUCAACGCGUUCAAGGCGAAACUUGAAGGCUCCGAUUCGCAAUACAAGCGAAACACAAAAACCAAAGAAUCUAGCAACGAAGACUCACGUGAAAACACAAAAGUAACAUCCGAUGAAGUGGAAGAUGAAGAAGCUCAGCUCUGCGACCUGCACUUCAUUGCAAAUUGUCAGUCGUGUCAGAAAUGGUCUGAAACCCCGGAAGGUGGCAAUGAAGGUUCCCGUGAUCAGCAAAACGAGGAUUCUACGGAUUGGAUGACUCAUCGUCUACAGUUUGGCAAGGAUUUACUGGGAAAGGAUUUGAAUUGGAAGAAAGAGCAUAGAGAUGAUGCUGACUCAUUGAUGGUGAUCGACCCACGAGAAAAGGAGAAAGAAUACGUGCACCGCGGGGGCAAGAGUAGGAAGACGGGUAGAGAUAGGGAGCGGGAGAACAAGCGGGAGAGAGCUAGCGAGAGAGAAUGGGAUCGAAAGUAA